GAUUCUAUUGUUGAUAUUUUUUGUAGGCCUACUGUACUUUAACUGCUAAUCUUUAAAACAAAAGUUUCUUUUGAUAAUCAUCAGGAAGGUUUACAGUACAGUGCAUUCAUUGCAAAUCUUUAGACCAGGCAACUAUUAGACCUUCCUGCUAAACAUCAACAGUGAUCAAGGGCUGGGUUUCAAUCAGUAAUUGUUGCCGCAAAAAUGAUCAUACAGAACAUUUUUUAAAUUUUACUAAAUGUUUGAGGAGCUAUUAAGUUUUAUUUCGUAUACCUAGCUGCUUAGACUUGCCAAUUUAGUAUUUACAUUGGUCAGCGUUGUAUCAGUCACCCGAGUUGUUUCCCUUUUGCAUGACAUGCACGCAUAAAUCACGACUCGUGGGAGUACAUAUUGAGUGAUUUGAUAGUAGUUUGUAGUAACGCUAGACCUUGGGUUUUUGACGAAAAAAGAGAUGGCAUGUCAAGCAGAACACUCAUGGACAGUCCGAAAUCGGUUGUAGAUGAGUCAAGUGAACGAGAAGCUGUUGAAACAUUGCUAUCUAUCUGUAAAGCUCCAAGUCCGUCGAGCAGUGAACAUAGCAUGGAUUCCAACUGCUCAUCCACAUCUAAUGACCCUUGGAAUCUUCCCGGAGACCCACCACCGCAACCUGUCUAUGGUCCGUACUCCAGUCCAGACAGGAGUUCCAACUUUGGUAGAGGAUUUUUGGAAACCAAGUCAUCUGUCUCAUAUACUACGUUAUUGGAAUCCAGUAGUGCAGAAUGUCUUAGAGCAACUCCAUUUAGGAGAGAAUCUAAGUUGGCACAGUUACUGAUGGAAGGACCAUUGGAGCGGGCGUCUGGACAAAAAGCUGAUCAUGUUAACUCACAAGGCUUGCCAAGCAGAACAUGUAGAGGACAACCAGUCUCAGUUAUUGUUCCAACUACUACAACUAGUAUGAACCAGUCCUGCCUGCCAGCAAAGAAAAGACUUAUUGUUUUUGAACAUAGUGAAAAUAGCAAUUGUUACGAAAUUUGCCGAAGUAGUGAACAAAAUUCUUUCAAUGGUGCUUCUACGGGAAAUUCAUCUGGAAGUGAAACAAAUUCAUAUUCUGUCUCUAGUCAGUUUGAUUCUAAUGUUCCAAACACAUCAUUUAGUGACUCGCCAGUCUCAGGACUUUUACCUACCAGUACCACCUCGCAGAUUCUUGGAAUCAAACCAUUGUCAGAGCAUUCUCCAUCCACUGUGAAGUUUUCAGGAUCGGUAGUUACAUCAUCAACAGAAUAUCCUUCAUCUUCAUCCCCACUUGUGGCUGAGCCUGUUGUGGCUAAACCGCUUGUGGCUGAACCAUUAAACAAGUCACAGACUGCCAGUAACGUUAAAAUUCUGCCAAGUGCUUUGUCAGGUUCAAGGGUAACCCCCGUACCGGUGGUGCUUACACAGGCUGCUAAUGGGACCAUUACUCAUCAGCCGCCAAUAGUUCAAGUCAUUUUCAUGAACAAUAACUGCACAGCAGCUUGUAGUGCUAGUAAUAUGCCUGGACUUUGUCCGAUCGCUCCAGCUCCGAUGUCGAGAAAUAUUUCAGAACAGGAGGUGGAAGGGAAUAGCAGUUCAAGGUCAAGGCCACACAGGUGCACUUACAGCGGGUGUGACAAAACUUAUUUCAAGAGUUCACACCUGAAAGCUCAUUAUAGAACUCAUACAGGAGAGAAGCCAUUUGUUUGUACUUGGAAAAUUUGUGACAGAAAAUUUGCUCGAUCAGAUGAACUGUCGCGCCACAGGCGUACACAUACCGGUGAAAAAAACUUUGUGUGUCCACUUUGUGAAAAACGUUUUAUCAGAAGUGACCAUAUGUCAAAACAUCUGAGCAGGCAUUCAAGUAAUCCAAGACAGAAGUCCAAAGGUCGGAAAGAAGUAGAACAGUCGGUGGAAAUGGAAGUGUCUAGCGAUAGUGUCAUUGUACAGCCAUUGGUAGAGAAGGCACAAGUUGUUGACAUGUCGGAAGAUUCACAAAUGUCAUGGUCCACGGAAGCUUUGUGCAAGGAUCUGCCGCAGGCUGUUGCAGAUUAGAAAUUAUGUAGAUUUUUUUUGGAAUUUAGUAUUUGUUGUUAGUUUUGUGUCUUGAUAGUCAAAACUUUCUAAGAAAGUUGUUGCUUUAGAAAAAAAUGUAAUUUGACAUUUGCUGCUUCUUAGAUUGAUUUAGGCAACCUCUGGAAUGGUUGGAAUUGUAUUAUAUAUGUGAUAUUGAUUACAAAAAAAAACAGGCAAAAUAGAGCCUGUGAAGUUGAUGAAUGCUAGUAUUCACCUGUUUAACAGGUAUUGUCAGGUUGUCAAGGUAUUUUUGUUGGGUAUCAGGUGCUAGGCAUUAAAAUUUUAUUGUUACCUCAGAUAUGUGUCACAUUUAAAAUAUUGAUAUAAAAGCUUUUGUUAAUUAAAUGACAAUUUUGUUUAGGUUUAGAUAACUCGUUAGCCAGAUAAAAUUGGGUAAGUGUAGUUAUGGACUUAAACAUUGACAGUGACUUAAAACUUAUAGAAAUGUCAAAUUUUAGGGGACAAAGCAGGCAUUUCAACUUUAAUGAGAAAUUACAUUUAUUAUCAGCUUUAAGACAAAAACUAUAAUUGACUGAAUUAAGAACUUGAUUUUGAAAUAUUUGUUAAUUUACUUGUGCCACAGAAGAAAGAGAUCAUGGCAGUUUUAACAUUGUGUUGUCCCAGUUUUACAGCUUCUUGCAUUGUCUUUUUUGUCUUGUAUGUUGUAUUAAAUACACACAUUUAUAACAGUUACGUCUAAAGACCAUUUCAUAUAUAUACCAAACCCAAAUUAAGUCCAAAUUGAUGCCCUUUCUCUCCAAAAUCAGCCAGGACUUUCACAUACUCAAUUUUCUGGACAGAAAUAUGUAAAUCCUCCAAUUUGCGAAAAAUGUGAAAAAAUUUCACCAUUUUGGACUGAAUUCAGUCUGUCUAGUAGCAUGUAGCUAGGAAUUCAGUUUGUGGAUGUUCCCAGUUAGUUGUGUUUUACUUUAUGGUUCAGUUUUGUCAUUUAAGUGAAAUGGUCCAUUGAUCAUUUUGCACUCUAAUAAUUUUUCAGGCCUGGUUUUGAUUCACGGGUCAUUCCUAAGACCGAGAUCUUCUCGUUAAAAUGUGUGGAAGUACAUUCAUUAAGUAGUAAAGAUAUAUAAAUUUGUAUUUGUUAUUCUACAAAUGUUUUUUUUUUUGUUACCAUGUUAACGCAAGUAUAAAUGUUGUAUUUGCAUAUAUGUAUAUGUAUGUUCAUUAUGAUUAAAGGGUAAAUAGUAAAAAUAUUACAAGUUGUGUUAAGAAAGAUGAACACAUUGUGCAAUGUUGUAAUUUUUUUGUGUGAAGUUCUGUCUUUUAUUAUUUCUUUUUUGAAAUUAUUGGUCAAGUUGUUGACAGAAAGGAUUGGCAGUUUCAAUGAAAUUUAAUGAACUUAUGGGAUAUUUUCAUCAAAAACAAUGUGUAUCGAGAAUUAAUAUCAAACAGAUGUGUAAAUUAAUAAAGUUAAUUAUGGUAUACUUUUUUAUAUCGUUUUAUAACGUAAUAACACAUGUUUCAAAAAUGGCCAGUUAAGAGUGCUGUAUAGAAGUAUUACUAAUAUAUCAUCACCUGUGUUAUAUGCAUUGGACAUUGUCACACAACAACAAGAUAUUGAUGUUAUAUAAUAUAUGUUUACUCCUUGUAAGUAAUAACAGUUCACAACUGACAUGUAAUACUUUGUCAUAGCACUGUCAUCGAUCAAUUUUGUAUCAGCAUUUCAACUGACAAAUAAAAUACAUUGAUAUAUCAGUAUAACUCCAAUAUGAAAAAAAAAAUAUGGCAAGAAGGAGUGUAUUUAUAUUUUAGGAUUGAUUAUUUAAAGGAAAUAAUUUCAAUAUUUUGGGAUUGUUUUACAUUUUAUUGAACUGUAUGGAUAUUCAAAAAUUCUGCAUCAGUACAUAAUUGAUUUGUCUAGAGUGACCAGUGAUGGCAGCCUUGUAUUGAAUUUUGAUUUCUCGUAUUUCACAAUAUUUUUACAUAGAUAACAUUAGCAUAUACAUAUAUAUAUAUAUAUAUAUAUAUAUAUAUAUAUAUGGCUACAAACUUAAAAAUAGCCCAUCUGCAUCAUAAAUUUUUGGCAUAGUCUCCCUCAGCGUAAGAAAUUUUAUGAAGAAAUUAUAUAUCAAGAAUUUACGUAUCUCUAGACAAAAAUAUUUUUUUCCCCUCACAGGAAACCUUCAUUACUUUGUUUCAGAAAGGUACAAAUUUCUGUUUUCUACAUCAAGGGUAAUACUGUUCUCAAAAUCUACUACAAACUGUAAAUAUUUUUUAUGUGCCAUUAUUACUAAUCAAUGCAACAUUGUACGAGUUCCUGUUUUGUAAGUUUAAUAUUAUUUCUUUUUGUUAAAUUAUAUUAUUUAUAAACUUUACUUUUUUCCAGUGUUACAGUCCCAUUUUCAGUAAACAGACAUAUCUUAAAAAAAAAAAAA